CCGUAUUAUGCACAACAUACGACCGAACAUUGUGUAUAUUGGCAAACAAAACAAUGAUAAAAUUCCAACAUAGUUUAGUAACACAUUUUACAGUUUUAAGUUAUAUAUUGUGUGGUUUAAUUUGUCGUUAUUAUUAAUGAAAUUGUUAACGUUAAAUAAUUAAACGUUAUUAUUAGAUACUUUUUACAGCUUUGGGGAAGUCAGAAGAAAUUAGUAAUUUGAUACAACACUAGGAAGUAUCUAGCAGAUAACUUUUGAACUAAUUUAUGGGAUAGACUGGCGGUCAGACCCGAGUGUGACUGUUUUUUCAUCAAGCAUCUUUCAACUACAUUUCCUCUACCACCAAGAAAAAAAAAAUCACAUCCCCUAACCAAUGUAGCCUCGACUAAAUGGAGUUUAAAGAAAACACUAAUGGCCUUAGUCAGCCUAAAGGGUUAUUUAUUAAAGACAGGAAACAAGAUCAAAUUGAAUUAAAAUUUAGUGAUUUAUAUUAUACAGUAUCACUUGGAAUAAAUAAAGGUUAUAAAGAUGUUCUCAAAAAUAUUAGCGGAAAAUUUGCUCCAAGCCAGUUGAUUGCCAUAAUGGGGCCGUCAGGAGCUGGAAAAUCAUCACUUUUAGACGUCAUUUCAGGCUACAAUUUAACAGGUGUCAGAGGAAAUAUAAUAGUAAAUAACCGAGAAAGACUUUUGAAUGAAUUUCGACGAGUUUCGUGUUACAUUCAGCAAGAUGAUCGUUUACAACCAUUGUUAACUGUUAAUGAAAAUAUGCAAAUUGCAGCGAAUCUUAAACUAACACAAGAUAAAUCACCAAAGUAUAAAGAAGCGGUGAUAAAUGAAAUUUUGUCAACUCUGGGUCUUGAACAAUGUAAGGCAACGAGAACAUCAAGAUUGUCUGGUGGACAAAAAAAAAGACUGUCAAUAGCUUUAGAGUUAAUAAACAAUCCAAUGAUUAUGUUCCUCGAUGAACCAACAACUGGUUUGGAUAGUUCUUCCUGCUCCCAAUGUAUAAAACUUUUAAGACUAUUAGCUCACCAAGGAAGAACAAUUAUAUGCACAAUUCAUCAACCAAGUGCUACGCUAUUUCAAAUGUUUGAUCAAGUAUAUGUUUUAGCAAAUGGAAAUUGUCUUUAUCAAGGAUCUACCGACAAUUUGGUACCUUACCUAUCGAAAUUGGAAUUGCCAUGUCCUAAGUACCAUAAUCCAGCUGAUUAUGUUAUUGAAUUGGCUUGCGGUGAACAUGGCGAAGAUAAAAUUGAUAAAAUGGUUAAAUAUAUAGAAAAUGGAAGGUCUCUAACGUGGUCAAAAUUCAACGAUUUACCCGAACCUGUAAUCGAAGACAUAGAAAUUCCUAAAAAUGGAGUAUAUAAUAGUACAACACAAAAACAACCUAAACAACACAUUUUCCAUGAAACAUCGUCAUAUAAUCAACUUAAGUGUUUAUUACACCGAGGAGCCAUUAAAUGUGUGAGAGAUCCGGAUUUAACUUAUUUACGAUUAGGAGUCAAUUUGGUGAUAAGUUUGUUGUUGGGUACGCUGUUUCACAACACUGGUGUUGAUGGUAGUACAAUCUUUGACAACUACAAUUUAUUAUUUUCUAUCAUUAUGCACCAUGUAGGAUCUACUUUGAUGCUUAAUAUAAUAAACUUUCCAAGUGAAAUUUCCAUUGUAACUAAAGAACAUUUUAAUAGAUGGUACUCUUUAAAAGUAUAUUACAUUGCAACAAAUAUUUUGGACAUUCCGAUUACGACACUAGGUUGCUUAAUAUUUUCGGUUAUAAUUUAUACUAUGACUGGCCAACCAAUGAAUUGGUAUCGGUUUAGUAUGUUUACGUUCACAUGUUGGCUUAUAGUAUUGACUGCUCAAAGUUUGGGAUUUAUUGUUGGAGUUUGGUUUAACGUGGUGAACGGCAAUUUCGUUGGACCAAUUAUAGUAGUAGUGCUAAUGAUGUUUAGCGGUUUCGGAGUAAAUGUUCGUGAUAUACCAGAUUACUUAAAAUGGGGUACUUAUAUAUCGUUCUUAAGAUAUGCACUUGAAGCAAUUGUAUCGACAAUUUAUAAUGGUCGUGAUAUUCUUACUUGCAACACAUUGUACUGUCAUUACAAGUAUUCUACUAAGUUUUUAAAAGAAGUUGCCAUGCCGGUAGAUCAGUUUGGCAAAGACAUUAUUGCAUUACUCAUCAACUUGGUCAUUUUUCGAUUAGCAGCAUACUAUUUACUUAGGCUUCGCAUCAGAACAAGAGUAUCUCUAUAACAUAUAUUUUUCAUGAAUUUAUAUGGAUGUGACAUAACAAUAAAUAAUAAUAUGUAAUUGAAUUACAUGAUCACAUUGGAUAGAACAAUUGUAUUUUGUAUAUUGUGAUGUAUUUGUGAUUUAUAAAAUGUUUAGCCGAUUUAAAUGGUUUGCUUGACAUUUUUUUUGUGUUUUGACUUAUUAAUUUGAAUAAAUAACUGUAUUGUAA